UCCAGCUUCCGGUAGCUUAGGUAGCAGUUUGUUUGGAGGAACAGAAAAAAAAGUGAAACCUAACUCCGCACUGCCCGUUUUUGUUUUUCUGCAGUCUGUAACGGGCUCUUGUAAGACAAUUAUGCCCGGAAUAAUAACUUAGCAUCAGAGUAACAGUUUUAGUGAUAUGUUGAGUCUAUUUGUGGAUCGUCUGCCGUUGCUAUCACUUCGCAGACAUCAGUUUUAGAUUGAAGUCAACAUCAAUAUGGCACACGACGUUCCGACUCAUUCAGCUCUAAUAAAGCGCGAAUCUAGAAAUGCAGUAGUCGCCUAUGUGAAGGAAGAAUGCUUGAAUAACCCUAAUCCCAAGUAUCUAAAUGAUAUGCUGGAUGUCUAUCUUGAUCCAACAAAAGCUAUUGACGACUAUGAUUCGAUUACAUGGUGCAAAUGGUUGAUUGCUGGUGGCCCGAACUACGACCUUUUCGCCAAAAAAGUUCGUGAGUACGACUCUUCUGUGAUAUGUGGACUUGUGUGGACAGCCAAAUUUGUAGCUUACAGGUGUCGAACAUGUGCAAUCUCCUCCUGCAUGUCAUUGUGUGCUGACUGUUUCCACGCUGGUAACCAUGAAGGACAUGACUAUAACAUGUUCCGCAGUCAGGCAGGAGGAGCUUGUGACUGUGGGGAUGUCAACGUCAUGAAUCCUUCUGGUUUCUGUCCUCGUCAUGGUCCUGAAAAGCAGCAGGCUGCUGCCUCUCCUCCACCAGAGCUUCUGGCUGUGGCACAGGCCAUGAUGCCUCGCAUUUUUAUGCGGCUGAUAUUCUACCUCAGAGAUAUCAGUGAACCAACACUAGCUGAUGCUGACCAGUACUUGCUGUUCCUCCACUCCCUUAGUGACAUGGGUGCAGCCAUGCGUCACAUAAUGACCCAAGCACUUACAGACCCUGCGCAAUACAAAGCUCUUAUGAAGAAUGACAACAAUCCAGGUUAUUAUGAACAAUCACUUUUGAAGUAUGAAACUGCCUUACAGAAUUUGCCUUACCCAGAAGAAUGUAGAGUCGAUACAGAUGGCAAACUCAAGCGACGAGGAUCAUGUUCCUCAGAUCUGGGUCACCAAUUGGUAGACUCGCAUAGCAGUAUGCUGGAAGAACUUGUGUUCUGGAUGAUCAAAUGGGAGUUCCCUCAAAGCAUUGUCACACUUCUCUUAGGUCUUCUGCCUGAUGAUACAUACAAGAAUGCAUUCACUGAAGCUUUUGUCCAGCAUUAUAGUCGCAUCUCCACAAUACUUGCGUCCGUCUCAGAUCGUUCAACUGUAGCCAACCGUGUGGUUCACAUCAGCGUACAGCUGUUCAGCAAUGAGAGCUUGGCCUUGCGCAUGUCUGCCAACAACGAUUUGUUGUCCACAGUCAUACUAAGUCUGGCAAACAUGCUGCAAAGCAUCCUGGUUCCAAGUACUCUUGCAGGGGGUGCUGUCAACAAGCAUCUUGUCGUGGAGUGUGAAAAGGACGUGAUGAAAGUUCAUUGUUACUGGCCCAUCGUCAGUGACCUCAUCAAUCUCCUGACCCAUUCCUCCGUAGCAAAAAGAUUUCUGUCUGACCACGGGUUGCCUGUAAUCUGGAUGGACCUUGUAACAGUGCUGCAAGGCAUGAAUGUCAACCAGCGAGAACUAUCAUACCAUGUUGAAUAUGAACCAGAUACCUACUAUGCAGCCUUUUCUGCUGAACUGGAGAUUUGUGCUUGCCCCAUGUGGUCACUGAUCAAUCACUGCAGCACUCCUGACACCAAAAAACAUGUGAAGUUAAUGCUGCAAGUUUCAAUAUCUGCUCUUGAGGCUUGGUUCAAAUCCAUUGACUUUGGGCACUGUGGAAAGCCUAACCCCAAUCAGCUGACUUUUCAUUUACCUCUGCAUCGAUAUUUGGCUGCUUUCCUUAUGCUUGGAGUCCAGAAACAUGGUUUCCAGCUAUCUUCUAGGCUUCCAUCACAAUCAAGUCUUCAGGCAAUACUCAUGCAUCCACUGCAGAUACAGGUAUGCAUACCUCAGAUCUAUUCAGGAAUGUGGGUGCGUAAUGGUAUUCAGAUCAAAGGCCAGGCCAUGACCUAUAAACAGUGCCAUUUCUGUUACUCAAUGGCCGACUUGGAUAUCUACCUAGUACAGGUGUGUGCUGCAUCAAUGGAGCCUGAUUUGUUUGUGGAACUGUUACUGGAAAGGUUUCAAUUGCAAAACUGGCUGUUGUUUGAAAAUGAUCUCAAAGAUAACAAACCAGAUGAGGCGAUGGAAAUGACACCAGAAGUAGUUAUGCUGGAUGGGGCACUUGGAUUCCUUUGUUCACUUUUUGGCAUUCGCACAUACCUAGGGAUGACAGAGGAAGAGCAGGUUCGGCUGGAAAUGGCAUCUUUGCUUUGCAUGAAUGACAGGCAACACAGUCAGCUAAGUGAGUUAAUGCCAGACCGCUCUGGUAUGAGCAGCAAUGGGACUGAUUUUUUUGAACCAGUGCUAAAACAGCUAGCUGACUACAAAGCACCAAGCUUUGAGGCUGGUGUUGGUCUGAACCAAGGAACCUAUACACCAAAAGGUUUAGUUUGGGAGCAUGAGUUUGAUCCAGUGCAUGUUUCGCACAGAGCUAUUUACCGGAAAGAUUUUCAGGCAGCCAUGGAUAGAUACAGUGAAUACAUGCACACUUCUGGGUUGUACAAAGGGAAGAAUGCUCUUUGGCCUCCCUACAAGGUGCCUGGCAAAAGCAACCCUGCAUAUAAAAACUUGUUCCAAGUGCUCAACUGUUCCACCAUGCAUGCUUUCCUCUACAUGAUUUUGUACAAGAUGCUGCACCAGACCCCUACAAUGCCAGAGAGUAUCCUGUACAAAGCUGUCCAUCUUCUUUACCUGUGUCUUCAUUUUGCUCCAAAGACAGUGCCAUCCAUGGCACCAAAUAUGGGUUCAGUAGUAAAAGAUGGACAUCUUCGGGGCUGGUUCAGUGGCCCAGAUAUAAAGGCUAAUGCCUGCGAGAUAAUUCACAAAGUAGAGCUUGCUGCAGACGUCUGUGACUCCAGUUACAUCAACCUUGCCAGUAGUACUGUGGAAGAAGUGUUCAACCUGUCACCUACUAUUUCUCCUGCUUUAGGAGGUCCAAUCACUCCAGCACAGACUGGCCUAAUCCCAUCCAUCUGCACUUUCUCAAGCAACCUCUCUUAUUCAGUUUCAUCAACAGCACAGCCUGUUACCGCAACGCCUGAUAUGGUGAAGCCAAAAUAUAUCUCUAGUGGUUUGACAGCAACAUGCACAGAUCGAAGGCCUGAAAAAGUGCUGGAUGAAAGUAUCAUCUCACUUGUUAUCAAACUUCACAACAGAAUGACCUCCACAUCAAGCUUCUAUCAACCAGCCACCAGCCAGGCAUCGCAAACAACUUCAAUUGGUGAUGGUGCAUUUUACAUGGCACGGCUCCUGGAUUACUUCCACAGCAGCUUUGGUCCAGCUGCUCAGCACAUUCAGAGCACCUGUGAGACUUUCAGCAACCAGAUGUGUACUGAUAAGAGAAACAAGUCCAGGGAUGAAUCAAAGCGAAAGAAAGCAUUUUACCGUCAGCAAAAACUAAUGGCAGAGUUUGCAAGUCAGCAGAAGGCCUUUAUGGAAAAGGUGCAGGAUGGAAUUGCAGACAUAGAGGUAGAUGAAGACACAGUUGAUGGUCAAAAUGUUGAUGCUAAUGCCGGUGCCUGUUCUGGGAAAAAAUAUGAUUGUGUGAUAUGCAACCAGAGCACCCCAUCAAGGAGUGGACAAUAUGUUGGCCUUGUUGUCUUUCUUCAGUCCACUAGCGUGCUUGGUCAUCGACAGCGUGUAGAUGUGGUACGCUCCAUCACUGAAGCACCUUCACAGAAAGAUUUGGAAGUGUUGCGCUGUGGCAGCAUUCUUCGUCAGCGAAUCACUCAGAUGCUGUUGCAUUUUGAAGGAGACUCAGUUGACAUGUCAGUGAACAUUGGAUGGGAUGGAGGGGUAUUUGUGACAACAUGUGGUCACCACUUGCACCUAGACUGCCAGCGCUCCUAUGUGGAUGCUUUACGGAACCAGGCGGAGGCAGGUUCACAUGCAGAGGCAAUGCCCAUCAACCGAGACGAGUUCUUUUGCCCCAUGUGUCGUCAGCUGUCAAACGCAGUCUUGCCCAUGGUGCCAGAUGACAAUUGUUUUCCUCUUGUGCCAAUGGUCGCUCAGGAUCCUAGUGUCAUGGUCGCACACCUGGCAGAAAUGAUUUAUCAGACUCCAGAAAGAACUGGGCUGUCAGAAAUUCUGAUGGCUAUACAAAACACCAUUGAUGCCAUAAACAAUGUCAGUUACAAGCAUUUCCGCAGUGUGUUAGAGCAAGAUAAUAAUGGCCCUAAUUUCCUGUAUAUCUCCUCCUUGGUCAGAACAAAUCUUGAAAUGGAGAUCCUUCUAAGAGGAGGAACUCUUGAAAAGACUUUGCCCUCUACAAUCAGCAAGAGAAUGUGCUUGGUGCCGCUUCUACAUGUGCUUGGCCUGCACACCAAAGUCAAAUUGGGAGCACCAUCCUCUCUUAUAGAGCUGUGGUCACAUAUCACUGGUGUUUCUCUUACUCGGGACUCCAGUAGCCUGUCAUUGUACAAGCAUCAAGUGCCACUUCUGAUGAAAGAUAUGGCUGCAGAUCUGGUUCACAUUGUUCUCAUGCUGCCUAUGACCAUGGAACUCAGACACUACCUAUUUGUGGUGCAGAAGUUGUACUGUGCCACUUACAUACAAGCAUUAGUGACUGUUACCUGCUGUUUCACACAGGAGGAACGUGAAGCAUGGAGGAAGAAGGGACAGGAGGCCCCAGCCAACUCAUUGGAAAGAUGGCUGAGCUUUAUCAUUGAUCAGCUGGGUGGCUCCCCCUUGUAUGAAGAGGUAGAUGCUAGUAAUGUGUUGCCUGCUAUCUGCCAGAGUGUGUGGUCACCUCACAGUGUAGAGGCCAGGGUUCAAGAGUUUUGUUUGCCUUUUUUGCGAGUGGCAGCUGUACUUCGUCAGCAUAUUUUUGGUCCAGAACUACCACCUGUGCAGGAAAUGUUGGAGUUUGAGCACCUUGUAAGGUACCUGGACCUAGUGGCACCAGAAGCACACAGCAGGAUGGGAACGGAAGUGACUGGGUCAUCUUGUCUUGUAUGGGCAGUGCCACAGUCAACAGUGCUAGUUCAGGCCUGGUGCCAGCACAUCAACAACUUCGCCAAAAUUAAGGUUGCAGAGUGCAAGUUCUUUCUAAGCAUGAGUGGCAAAUGGGCACGCCCCCACUUGCUGAAACUCCCACAGCACUAUUAUGAGAUCUUCACUUCAUACCGCUACCAAUGCUGUCAACAUUGCCACCGUAUUCCAAAAGAUCCUGCCAUCUGCCUUGUUUGUGGUGCCUUCUUGUGUUUCAGAGAAGACUGCUGUGCAAUAAAUGGUGUUUCUGAAUGUGUAGAACACUCCAUUGUAUGUGGUGCUGGCACAGGAAUAUUCCUUCUGAUCAACUCUAGCAUAAUUGUGGUGAUACGUGGACCUCGGGCGACAUUGUGGGGAUCACUUUAUCUCGACCAACAUGGUGAAGAAGAUCGAGACCUGAAACGUGGCAAACCGUUGUAUUUGAGCCGAGAGAGAUUGGAGGUACUUGAGUCUCAGUGGCUUGGUCACACAUUUGAACAUACCUGCAAAAGGUGGAUCCAACACAAGAACCGGCUGUAAAGCAGACACACAGACAUGCACACAAACACAUGCAUUAACAUCACAUGCAUGUAUUUUGCACGUACCAGCUGUUGUAGAGCUGCCAUACUUUUUACCAAAUCUUUUGUAAAUGGCAGUAUUGGGAAGACAUUCUUAUUUGCAUUUGCAGAAGCAGGUAACAUGGCUUAGUACACAUGUAGUUCAAUAAAUCUGUUUCUUGGGGAAAAAGUUUUCUAUGUCUACUUGUGUUCUCUCCUUCAUCUUCACUGCUAGAGACAGAGAUGGUGUUUUAAAUGUAGUGCCCUUCAUCAUACUAGAAAUUCUAAUUCUACCAUACUUGUUUAUUGCUUCAUGGCUUUGCUUAUUUUUUAAGACAUGAUGCUACAUACUGUAAUAAUGUACAAAGUACACUACUACUUCUUAUGUAUAUUAUUUUCCAUGUGAACACAGGUGAAAAAACAUCCCAAAAUAUUGUGUAGCAUAGCUGUCCAUUUUGUUUGUGACUUUCUGAGGUGUAGUUCUGAGAAACAGAAUAUGAUUGCUCUUUCAGCGAGAGUAUACUUACCUCAUUCAAAAGACUUGUUCUAUUUUUUAAAAAUAUUUGAACACAGUAUUUAGAUGCUGCAUCCAUUCAUUUGUGGAGUUUUUAAAUUAAUAUUUGAAAACAUGUUAUGCUUACUACAACUACUUAUGUAGCAACAUUUUAAGUUUUCAUGGCUAAAAGAGUUUUCAUUGUAUUAAAUAUUGCCAUGAGGAGUUAAGCAUCAGCAUUGUUUAUGAAGUUUAGUUGUGAAGAUGUGGGUUUUUUUAAAUGUUUUUUCCUGAGGAUUUUAUUAACUAUAUAAAUCAUCAAACAGUUAUUAAAGAUUUUUCAGAUCAGGGUUAAAGGGAUCAUAAUAUUCUAUACUUGGUUUCUUUCAUUAAAAAUCAUUUCAACAUGAAUGUUUCAUGCCUUGUAUAAAUGUGAAACCAAAUUUAAAAUUGGAGGCUAUCCCUGAAGUCUGGAGGUCCAUUUCUGUGCUUGAAUUGUCAAUGCUUCCAGUCUGCAUCAGAAAUAAAAUAGGACCUAUGGAGUUACUGCCAGCCUGUCAGUCUAGCACCUGCUCAUAUCUAGAGUUUUUAGCAAUGCUUCUAGUCUAGCAUUGCAUAUAGCUAUCUCAGAUAUCCAGAUCCAUGGUCCAUAGCAAUUAUCCAUGUAGAAGUCUUUUGUGGGAUAGAAUGGAGGAACUGGGACAUAGCAAGCUGUUUCUAUCGGGAAUUUUGAGCUGAUAUGGCCUUGAAUGUGUAUUAUUUAUUUCAUGGCACAACCAUAAGCUUGUACAUAUUUGCAAUAAGUCAGAUUGAGCUAGAGAUCAGCUUAUGCUUGUACAUUUUUCCAUUGACUUGAAGAGACCAUUAUCAUUUGGUAAUUACUUUAUUAAUAAUUUACAACGCUGUCUGGCUCAUUUGCACUGGACAAUUCAAGUUAUUAUGGUUUGCUCACUUUUUUUUUUAAUUACAAAGACAUAGAAGCAAGUUCAGUUUGCCCAUUGACAGUGCCAUAGGCACAGAUAGGUACUGGUGAAAGCUUGGACUCCUGAUGCUUGUAACCUGUUUUGCAUUGUAAUUUGUUCGUUUUGUCUCCCUCAUGUGUGUUCAUGCACACACACACAAACAUCAAGACACUCACUUCAGAUACAUGUGCAAAUGCUGAAUCAAGCAAAAUCAUAUUCUUAGUCUUGCUUUCUGGAACAUUGGGGAACCAAUGGAAUCUAAAACACUAAUCUCACCAUUCAAGAUCAUCCCUGAGAACAAAGUUGUGUUGAAAAAAGUGUAUGCUAGUCAAGUCUUUAUUCAUCCAUAUGCUAACCAACUGCUGUACCUCUUCAUAUCACCUUCAUGCAAGUGUGUAUAAGUGCAUGUAUAUAUGUAUAGUUCUGUAUUCAUGCACAUGUUUUUGUACAUAAGGGGGAAUGUGUAUGCAAGAAAUUCAGUUUUUCUUUUUGAUAGUAUAAGAAAUCACCCACAUAUACUUGACCUCCACCUUCAGCAAGCAUAUAUAAAAUCUGUUUCUAAACUCUUCUAGUAUGCUAAGAUGACCGAAUGCUCUCUUGCACUGCCUUUGUUCUAGCCACUGCUGCAGGUACAGAUAAAAAAUUCUGGUGACCUCUGACAUUCUCAGGCACAACCUAGUAGUGAACAGACUGUAGGAACCCUCAUAUCAUCUAAAUCAUUUCCUUGUCCUUAUAGUACUGCAGUGUGAUCUGGACCACAUACCCACAAAAUCCCUUCCCACGCUGGAAUUUAUAUGUGAAUGCCAGUGAUAUUAUGAUCUAGUUCUGAAUAACCAUCUGACAACAUCUGGGUCUAAUUUUGGUAUUUGGGCUCUUACUUUUGUGGUGGUUUUUUCCCUGUUUGAGUUGUACGGAUUAAGUACAACAGCCACAUGGUCCAACUUUCCUGCUGCCAACCAGAGCAUAAGAUGGAGGAAGAUGAAGGCUAUGUCAGCGGUACUGCAUUGCCUCCAUACUUGUCUGGCCCCACUAAUGUAGGCAUUGACAGCAGACUACAAUUUUUCCCAGAAUUUCUUGCACAAUGAGACCAGAACAUUUUAAAGAAGAUAAUUUGCAGCUGUGUUGGAUUGGUACAUCCUAUCUUUUGUGUGGGCAUAUUUUAUCUACCUGUAACUACAUCAUCUUAAAAUACCUGAUUAUCUUGUGUUAUCACUUUAAAAAAUGUUUGAUGAAUGCACAGUCAGCCAUUCUCGUGAAAUGCAGGUGUACAAGUUCACAGAUUUGAUUUUUUUCUGUCAUGUUUGCUUGUUUGUGAGGGAAAGGAUAGUUUUGCAUGUUUAUAUGUUUGCUUUAGCUGGUUAUGCAUAUGGAUGUUGCCUGCCUCUAGAUUUUUCUUUUAACUUCCCCCCCCCCUUUUUUUUUCUUGUUUGUUUUUUUUUUCUCCCUCAUUUUUUGUUAUUUGUUUUUGGAUAUGAGCAGCAAGAAACACUAUAUCAAAAGGACUGCGCUCAUUUGAAAAAUGUGUCUUAAUGAAUUGAUAUAUGCGAGUGUUUAAAACUGUGAUAGAAUAUUUUAUCAAUGACUGCAGCAAGAUGAUUAAGCAGAAGAAGAAAAAAAACUGUAUUUGAUAAAGAAAUGCUGUUGAAGUUUGGUUCAUUUUCACUCACUGCUGUCCUAGUAGCUUAAGAGUAUAUAAUUUUUGUCUUGAGCAUGAACAGGAAAAUGUUUUACGUCUUCAAACAGAACAUAUGGUCCUUAUUAGAGAUAGUCCCCUGUGAUGUUAUUUCCCUUGACACUGUGUACACUCUUGAUUUACCUCCCUUGAAUAACUCCCAAAGAUGAUCAAAAUUAUUAUUAAGAUUAUCGAGUACAUUGUCAGAAUUUGAUUCCAGUCUUUGUAAUUUAAUAAAUGUUCAUUUAAACAUCUCUGCAACAUUGUGUUGAAACGUGCAGACAUUUGGUUUUGUGUGUAAGUCCCUGGCACAAUUUACCGUUAAUAUUUAAUGUACAUACCCAGAUAUUUGCUUAAGUAAUCUUAGUGUGAAACUGCCUUAAUGUGCACUUUUCACUUCCAAACUCAACAACAGUAGUUUUUGUUGCAUCAUAGUUUGAAAAUAGCCUAAAUUUAAAAGCUGUAAGCAGAAAUUCAGUUUCAUUAAUUCUUUUGAAGUAUUUGAAACAUUUUAGAAUUUUCAAGCUGGUGCCUCUACAAAGCUGAUAAAUUGUUUUGCAAAUAAAGUAUUAAUGCGUGGACUUUAUUGAUAGCUUAUGUAAAAUGUCCUUGCUACUUUGGCUUGCCAAUUCUCAAGAAUUUCCAUCUAGAAUUGUUACAUAUAUUUUAAACACAUUGCUUUCAUAAAAACAUGUGGAUGACUUGUAAUUUUAUGAGUUGUUAUUGCUUGUUAAUUAGUAUUAGUGCCCAGCAGAAUGUGUGGUAUGCAGACAUCAUAGGCCAGUUACAUACGAGAUUGUUAGCUGAGAAAAAUGCAUUUAAUUUCUUUUUUUUUUUUAAAUGCAUUCUCAAUUAUAUUUUAAGAAAUAGUAAUGAAUGGUUUUAAAUUUGCUUGUUGGUGUGAUUUAGGCUUAUUAUUAAAAAAGUACAAUUUAUAGUUAUGAAAGCUGUGGGAUAAUUUAUAGCAAAAAUCAUUCGAAGCCCUUGCUUUCUCUGAAUAGAAACAUAUCUUUAUUCCCUAAAAUAUUUUCAAGCAGCCCAGAUAAAAUGGAGAACUUGAUUGUUUGGGCUUUUUUUUUUAAAGUUGGAAUUUGUAGUUAUACAUAUGUUACCUUUCUUAAGUUUAGGAAUCUGUUCGAAAACAAUGCUUGAUUCUGCUCAAACCUUUUGAAUCUCUUGUCUUUCCUCACUGGGAAGUGUAGUGAAUAAAUUAUUUGUUAAAGAA